AUGCUCGACCAGGACCACGACGGCCGCAUCAGCCCGCAGGAGCUCGGGGUCAGCCGUCACCAGGGCAGGCUCUCCGGCAGCGCCUUCGACGUCCUGCUGGGCGCGGACGCGGACGGCAACAGCGCGUUGGACAUCCCAGAGUUUACCUUUACCCUGCUGCAGGCCGUGCUGGGGAACCAGUCCCUGGGCGGCUCCCUGGACGUGCCCGGCGAGGCCCUCGUGGACGCUGCGUGGCUCCUCGCGGACGCCGACGGCGACGGGCGCGUGGGUCGCGAGGAGCUGGCCGAGCUGGGCCGUGAGCUCAACCUUACGUACGCGGGGCUCGGGCCCAUGCUGGCCCCUGCGGGCGCGAGCGGUGCCCUCGAGAACAGCGCCCAGUUCCAGAGUUCGGUCGCGAAGGCCUGCGCCGUCGCCGGCACCUCCACGCUC